GACUACUGGCAUUUUAUAACCAUCAGUCAGCAUUGGAAUUCUUCUCCAAUAUCCGGAAUAAAUCAUAGACUAACAGUGGAAGAUAAAUAAUCUUCACCGUUUCUCCAUUUACCUCCCGCAUUCAACUUCGUGAGUUUUCUGUGCCCCGCCAACCCCGCAAACGAACCCUCGUCGUGUUCCAGUACAGCAUUAUUUCUGGGUCGAUCUCUCAACAAAGCCCACGAUGCCGAACUACAUGACCCUUGCGACGUGCAACCUCAAUCAGUGGGCUCUUGAUUGGGAGCGAAAUGUCGAGCGUAUCAUCUCAUCGAUCAAAAUCGCAAAAGCCAAAGGAGCCACUCUUCGAGUGGGACCCGAGCUCGAGAUCACAGGAUACGGCUGCUACGAUCAUUUCCUCGAAUCUGACACUUUCUUGCACUCUUGGGAAAUGCUCGCUCGUAUUCUCAAAGAUCCCACAUGCCGAGACAUCCUUCUUGAUAUCGGCAUGCCCGUCAUGCAUCGAAACAUCCGUUAUAAUUGCCGUGUGAUUUGCUUUAAUGGGCAAAUUCUCCUCAUUCGACCAAAAUUAUACUUGGCCGAAAGCGGCAAUUAUCGUGAGAUGAGAUAUUUUACGCCUUGGGGACGACCAGGUCAUACUGAAGAGUAUUAUCUGCCUCGAAUGAUCCAAGAAAUUGUGAACAACACGAAGACAGUCAUCGGCGAUGCAGUCAUUGCCUGCCGGGACACUGUUGUUGGCUGCGAGACAUGUGAAGAACUUUUCACUCCCGCUGCGCCCCAUUCCCAAAUGUCUCUCGAUGGGGUCGAAGUGUUCACAAACUCUAGUGGUUCUCAUCACGAACUUCGAAAGCUGAAAACCCGCUUCGACUUGAUUUCCGAAGCCACGAGAAAAGCCGGUGGUAUCUAUUUGUACGCGAAUCAGCAAGGCUGUGAUGGAGACAGAUUAUAUUAUGACGGCAGUGCAAUGAUUUUUCAAAACGGAUCUUUGAUGGCUCAGGGCUCACAGUUUAGCUUUAAUGACGUCGAAGUUGUCACUGCAACCUGUGAUAUUGAAGAGGUUAGGUCAUUCCGCUGUGAACCAAGUCGGGGCUACCAGGCAACAGCAACUGGAGCCAUGAAAUAUCGUCGUAUUGACGUAGACUUCGCGCUCUCUGUUUCGGGGUCAGUUCUGACCUCAAAAGUCAGCCCGUCAAAGCCGAUAGAGCCCUUUUUCCAUACGCCUGAGGAAGAGAUUGCCCGUGGUCCGGCUUGUUGGCUCUGGGAUUAUGUCCGUCGUAGCCGACAAUCUGGAUUCUUUCUACCACUUUCUGGUGGGAUCGACUCUGCAAGCUCGGCAGUGAUAAUCUACUCGAUGUGUAGAUUGGUAGUAGAAGCCGUGAAGGCUGGUAAUGAACAGGUCAUUGCCGACGUACGAAUGAUCUGUGCCGAGGAUGAAUGGCUUCCAGCUACACCUCAAGAGCUGUGCGGAAAGAUAUUCCAUACAUGCUACAUGGGCACGGAGAAGAACAGUUCCAAGGAAACCCGCAAGAGAGCCAAGGAUUUGAGUUCAGUGAUAAAUUCAUACCACACCAACCUCAACAUAGAUACCGUUGUAUCAGCAAUGCUUGCCGUGUUUACCUCCGUAACUAAUUUCGUACCCCGCUUCACAUCUCAAGGAGGAACAGUGGCCGAGAAUCUCAGUCUGCAAAAUAUUCAGAGUCGUCUCCGUAUGGUCUUCUCAUACCUUUUCGCCCAGCUGCUUCCAACUGUCAGAGGUCGUAGGGGAGGUGGGUCGUUGCUUGUGAUCGGAAGCGCCAAUGUCGAUGAGCAAUUGAGAGGCUACUACACGAAAUACGAUUGCUCCAGUGCCGACCUCAACCCUAUUGGAGGGAUUAGCAAGACUGAUCUUAAGAGAUUUAUCGCAUAUGCGAGAGAUAACUUCGAUAUGCCCAUUUUGGACGAGUUUAUCCACGCUGUUCCCACAGCGGAACUUGUCCCAUUCUCAGCGACCUACGUUCAGUCAGACGAAGAAGAAAUGGGAUUGAGUUAUGACCAAUUGAGCGUUUUUGGUCGUCUCCGGAAGGUUUCUAAGCUUGGCCCGUAUGGUUGCUGGGAGAAACUGGUUCAUGAGUGGCAAGAUAAGAUGACUCCUCGCGAAAUAUUUGAGAAAGUCAAGACUUUCUUCCACUUUUAUGGUAUCAACCGCCAUAAGAUGACGACUGUGACCCCGGCUUAUCACGCAGAGCAAUACUCACCAGACGACAACCGUUUUGAUCAGCGCCCAUUCUUGUAUCCGGCUCUUACCUGGCCGUAUCGUAAGAUUGAACAGGCUUUGAGAGAGUAUGAGGAGGGAAGUGGGAAGAAGGAUGAGUGA